AUGUUGCUUUCAACUGUUCGUCGAGCCGCCAUCUCUUCAUCGACCUCCCACACAAUUGGAACAUACCAAGUCUUCGACAGAAAUGCGAAGCGCUUGCAGAAGGACCGGGCCGCCCUGCGUGAAUCGAGUAGAACGGUCGAUUACGUCCGCGACGAGGUAGCGGAUCGCAUGAUGGAACGAUUCAUGGACAUUAAGCGAACGUUCAACACCGUUUUGGACCUGGGAUCUGGCUCAGGCCAUUUCACAAAAUUGUUAGAGCUCGGCAAGACACAAAAGUCCAUAAUGGUUGACAACAGCAAGAACUCCUUGUUCCGCGACCCCACGUCGGACUUCGAAGUCGAAGUCGAGCGCAUCCAUGGUGAUGAAGAGAGGCUGUUGGAGAUAAUUAAGCCAAACUCGCAGGAGGCGAUUGUUUCUUGUCUCAGCUUACACUGGGUCAAUGACCUGCCAGGGACUUUAAUCCAGAUUCGCGAAGCUCUUCAACCGGAUGGCCUCUUUCUAGGAGCGAUGUUUGGUGGGGACACGUUAUUCGAACUCAGAACUUCGCUGCAAUUAGCUGAGCAAGAACGAGAGGGGGGAAUAGCACCACAUGUUUCCCCGAUGACCGAAACACGAGACAUAUCCAACCUCAUGGGUCGUGCUGGCUUCUCCUUGUUAACUGUGGAUGUGGACGAAGUAAAGGUGGCAUAUCCAAGCAUGUGGGACUUGAUGGACGAUUUGGGUGCCAUGGGCGAAGGGAAUGCUAUUCUGGGGCCACGUCGUGCCCUUCGUCGAGACACUAUUGCAGCAGCGUCAGCUAUCUAUUCUGCUCUCCAUGGCCUCGAUGACGGAACUGUCCCAGCAACGUUUCAAAUUAUUUACAUGGCAAGUUCAUUACUGGUUUGUCGAAUAAACGAAAUGAACAUCCUUCAGAUAGGAUGGAAACCCGCCCCCAACCAACCACAACCUCUCCAGCGUGGCACUGGACAAGUUCCACUGGGAGAUGUGUUAUAA